CUUUACAUAUGUUUAAUCUUCUGCAUGAUUUGAGGCAGAUGUACCGUUAUCAUCAUUAUUUUACAGAUGACGAAACUGAGGCACAGUGAAGUACCCCGCUCAAGAUGAAUGAUUCUGAGUCUGCACUUCCAGGGUCCUAAAAGUGUAUUUUUUUUUUUUUUGAGACGGAGUCUCGCUCUGUCGCCCAGGCUGGAGUGCAGUGGCGCAAUCUCGGCUCACUGCAAGCUCCGCCUCCCGGGUUCAUGCCAUUCUCCUGCCUCAGCCUCUCCGAGUAGCUGGGACUAUAGGCAUCCGCCACCACACCCGGCUAAUUUUUUGUAUUUUUUAGUAGAGACGGGGUUUCACCGUGGUCUCGAUCUCCUGACCUCGUGAUCCGCCCGCCUCGGCCUCCCAAAGUGCUGGGAUUACAAGCGUGAGCCACCGCACCCGGCCAAAAGUGUAUGUUUCUAACAUUCCUCUAAUGUUCUGUGCUUCCAACUUUGAUAUUCCGAAAGUUACUUGAUUUCUAAGAUACUAGGAUUGGAACAUUUGAGAGGACAACACUUCUGAGAUUGGAAUGUGUGUUGUGCAGAAUCUACCACUGACGGUUCUGACUUUCUAAGAAAAUGAGAUUAAAAAAUAAUCAGGCCGAGCAUGGUGGCUCUCAUCUGUAAUCCUAGCACUUUCGGAGGCUGAGGAGGGAGAAUCACUUGAGCCCAGGGGUUCAAGACCAGCCUGGACAACAUAGUGAGACCUUUGUCUCUUAAAAAAAAAAACACAUCAGUUUGGACCGGGAGCGGUGGUAUGAGCCUGUAAUCCCACAGCUUUGGGAGGCCUAGGAAGGAGGAUCAGUUCAAACCAGAUGUUUGAGACCAGCCUGGGCAACAUGGGGAGGCUCCAUUUCUACAAAAAAUAAAAAUAAAAAAUUAGCCAGGUGUGGUUGCACGCUUCUGUGGUCGCAGCUACUCGGGAGGCUGAGGUAGGCGGAUCCCUGAGCUUAGGAGUUGGAGGCUGCAGUGAGCCAUUACCCUUCCACUGCACUCCAGCCUGGGGGCAACAAAGUGAGACCUUGUCUAUUAAAGAAAAAAAUCAGUUUGAGCAAAGACCCCAGGCGGCCGGGAAAGGUGUUCGCUUAAGGGCGAAAGCUAAGAAUCUGCAACCUUCCCGUCUCUCUCCUACCACCCGCCGCCGUUAGGAAUCUUCAGAUCCCGCUGUAAACAAUGGAGGAAGGAAGAGCCAUUUAUCCUUUACCAAGAUGGCAGCCUCCUGGCAACUCCAGUCACUUUACAAAUAUGGCUGCCACAGGAAGUACGUCACGGAAGAGGGUGGGAAAUCUGCGCGCGCACGCUGCAAAGGCGCUUUUUGGGACGCCAGUAGCCGAAUUCUUCCUUUGACAAGAUGGCGGCAGGAGGCAGUAGCGUUGGUGGGAAGCGCAGCUCGAAAAGCGAUGCCGAUUCUGGUUUCCUGGGACUGCGGCCCACUUCAGUGGACCCAGCGCUGAGGCGGCGGCGGCGAGGCCCAAGAAAUAAGAAGCGGGGCUGGCGGCGGCUUGCUCAGGAACCGCUGGGGCUGGAGGUUGACCAGUUCCUGGAAGACGUGCGGCUGCAGGAGCGCACGAGCGGUGGCUUGUUGUCAGAGGCCCCAAAUGAAAAACUCUUCUUCGUGGACACUGGCUCCAAGGAAAAAGGGCUGACUAAGAAGAGAACCAAAGUCCAGAAGAAGUCACUGCUUCUCAAGAAACCCCUUCGGGUUGACCUCAUCCUCGAGAACACAUCCAAAGUCCCUGCCCCCAAAGACGUCCUCGCCCACCAGGUCCCCAACGCCAAGAAGCUCAGGCGGAAGGAGCAGCUAUGGGAGAAGCUGGCCAGGCAGGGCGAGCUGCCCCGGGAGGUGCGCAGGGCCCAGGCCCGGCUCCUCAACCCUCCCGCAGCCAGGGCCAAGCCGGGGCCCCAGGACACCGUGGAGCGGCCCUUCUACGACCUCUGGGCCUCAGACAACCCCCUGGACAGGCCGUUGGUUGGCCAGGAUGAGUUUUUCCUGGAGCAGACCAAGAAGAAAGGAGUGAAGCGGCCACCACGCCUGCACACCAAGCCGUCCCAGGCACCCGCCGUGGAGGUGGCGCCUGCCGGAGCUUCCUACAACCCGUCCUUUGAAGACCACCAGACCCUGCUCUCAGUGGCCCACGAGGUGGAGUUGCAGCGGCAGAAGGAGGCGGAGAAGCUGGAGCGGCAGCUGGCCCUGCCUGCCACAGAGCAGGCCGCCACCCAGGAGUCCACAUUCCAGGAGCUGUGCGAGGGUCUGCUGGAGGAGUCGGAUGGUGAGGGGGAGCCAGGCCAGGGCGAGGGGCCAGAGGCUGGGGAUGCCGAGGUCGGUCCCACGCCCGCCCGCCUGGCCGCCACAGAGAAGAAGACGGAGCAGCAGUGGCGGCGGGAGAAGGCUGCACGCAGGCUGCGGGUGCAGCAGGCCGCGUUGCGGGCCGCCCAGCUGCGGCACCAGGAGCUGUUCCGGCUGCGCGGGAUCAAGGCCCAGGUGGCUCUGAGGCUGGCGGAGCUGGCGCGGCGGCGGAGGCAGCGGCAGGCACGGCGGGAGGCCGAGGCUGACAAGCCCCGAAGGCUGGGGCGGCUCAAGUACCAGGCACCCGACAUUGACGUGCAGCUGAGCUCAGAGCUGACAGACUCGCUCAGGACCCUGAAGCCCGAGGGCAACAUCCUUCGAGACCGAUUCAAGAGCUUCCAGAGGAGGAAUAUGAUCGAGCCUCGAGAGAGAGCCAAGUUCAAACGCAAGUACAAGGUGAAGCUGGUGGAGAAGCGGGCGUUCCGCGAGAUCCAGUUGUAGCUGCCAUCAGAUGCCGGAGCCUCGCCCUUCAAUAAAAAGUCCCUUCUAGCUAA